CCUAUUGACGCUCUAUGAUCUCAACAGCGGAGGCACUGGGCUUGACGCUCUAUGAUCUCAACAGCGGAGGUACUGGGCAGGUCCGCCGCAUUUAAACAAGACGGCAAGGCGCAUACGUUGCGGAGUAUUACAGUAUUAGCUCCAGUUCAUGCUUCUUUUUAGAUAGUUCUGCUUACAUUUCUUCCAGUGGGUCCCUGGUACUUUUCACAACUAGCUAAAUACUUUAGAGAAAAAUGUAGCUCCAGUUAUUUGUGUGCAUUCACAGGCUACGUGUAGGCACCGUGAUGGAAACUAAAUGCAGUAAUACAGAGAAGAAAGAUCACUCCCUCCCGGUUUCCUCCCUGUCCCGGCUGGUUCCCGCGCUUUGACUCCACUUCGCAGCUAUGUUGCAGGCAUACAUGUAGAAAAAAUAUGGACAACGUGUCUGUGACGUCACCUAUUCACUUUCCAUACGCUUCUGAAAAGUGUUUUGAGACAGUGGAAGUGGAGCCUUUGGGCACCGCCAUGUUGUACAGUUUGGAGCCAGAGACUGCAGUAGUGAGACCCAUAUACGAUUUUGUUUUGGAUUUGUUCUUGACUAGUUAUUUGAACAAUUGAAACUGUGGAAAUAUAAGGUUAUCUGAUACAUAUUUAAAGGUUCGGGAGCUCAUCUCAUUGUAAGUAUGGUCUCCACCACUUCAGAGAUAAAGGCAGAAUCUGUGAUGGACAGCACGUAUCACACAGGGGUGGAGCCAAGAUCAAGUGUGAACAGAUGUGAAGAAGAGGAGGGCACAGAGAAGACUGGAUGUGGGAUAGAGGAGGAGGAGGAUGGUGGGGAGAGACCGAUUGUGAGGAAGAGGGAUGAACAGGAGGAGGGAGGUGUAACCGUGCAGGGCACUCAGACUGAGAAAUGGGAGAAGAAUGAAGGAAAAUCAGAAGCAAGGCAACAGGAAGGGGAGGAGCAGUCUACUCUGGUCACUUCCUGCCUGUUAAAACAGCCCAGAGUGCUGAUUCGCCGACUUGAAAUUGCAGACAAGUCACUUCCUGUGCCAAGUAAAAGAGUUUCACUUCCUGUGCCAAGUAAAAGAGUUUCACUUCCUGUGCCAAGUAAAAGAGUGCAGAGAGACAGAUCUCCCCGAGGACGGCAUGACCUUUCACCACAGAGGGGGAGCGAGUCACUGAGGCGCAAGGGUCAGGUCGUGACCCGGAAGAGAAAGAACGUUUCCCAGCUGGACAGACCCAUGGAACAGCCACCAUCUUCAUCAGAGAAAGAGAUCUGUGCUGAAGCUCCCUUUAUUUCUCCGGUUGUCUCCCCAAGGAACCAAAUCACAGGGAACCUUGGGGAAGUGAGUGUUCACCAGCACCCUGAGAAGGUUCACCCAGAGGAGCACAGCAGGCCUCUGAACUCUGGAGGAAAUGGAGCAGAGGAGCCACUGCCUCCCAGCAGCACACAUCAGCACCCCAAACCCCCCAAAACACUCCCCACCCCAACACAGGCCCACGUAUGCCCCCAGUGUGGGAAAGGAUUCACUACGCCAAGCCUUCUGACACGACACAAGCAAACUCACACAGGGGAACGCCCUUACUGCUGCUCUCAUUGUGGGAAGGGUUUUACUGUGUUAUCUAGCUUGAAAAAGCACCAGCAAACUCGUACAGGGGGAUGCCCUUACAAAUGCUCCCAGUGUGGGAAAGGUUUCACGACGCCACACAAUUUGAGACGACACAAACAAAUUCAUACAGGGGAGUGUCCAUACAAAUGCUCCCAGUGCGGGAAGAGUUUCACUCGGUUAUCUGGUUUGAAUGUACACCUGCGUACUCAUACAGGUGAGUGCCCUUACCUCUGCUCCCAGUGUGGGAAGAGUUUUAAACAGUUCAGUAACUUGAUGAGACACCAGCGAACUCAUAUAGAUGAGCGCCCUCACCACUGCUCUGAGUGUGGGAAGAGUUUUAAACAGUUCAGUAACUUGACAAUACACCAGCGAACUCAUACAGGUGAGCGCCCGUACAAAUGCUCCCAGUGUGGGAAGAGUUACUCUCAGUUGUCUGCUCUGAAUGUACACCAGCGAACUCAUACAGGUGAGCGCCCAUAUAAAUGCUCCCAGUGUGGGAAGAGUUUCAGGAGUUUGUCUGCCCUGAAAGUACACCAGCGAACUCAUACAGGGGAACGCCCAUAUGAAUGCUCCCAGUGUGGGAAGUAUUUCAGGUGUUUGUCUGCUCUGAAAGUACACCAGCGAACUCAUACAGGUGAGCGUCCAUACAAAUGCUCCCAGUGUGGGAAGAGUUUCACUCAGUCGUAUUCUCUGAAAUUACACCAGCGGACUCACACACAGGUUUGCUCCAACCCUGCUCCCAGUGUGGGAACAGUUCCACUCUGUUAGACUAACUCCCGACCCUGCUUCCAGUGUGGGAACAGUUCCACUCUGUUAGACUAACUCCCGACCCUGCUCCCAGUGUGGGAACAGUUCCACUCUGUUAGACUAACUCCUGUCCCUGCUCCCAGUGUGGGAACAGUUCCAUUCUGUUAGACUAACUCAGAGUUUGUGAGCUGAGUGUAAGAGGAACGUGAGCACGAGUGACCGUAAUGUGACUGAAGCGAGGAGCGGGUUUCCAUAAAUGUGGAGCGUCAGCCUGAGCGGUCGCUCCGAUACGCUCCUGAACCGCUCACAUGGAGCAGUCAGCUCUGGCAUGACCGCACGGUCCUCAGUGUCACGUCCAGACUACGAUGGGAAGCUACUGAGUGGAGAUGCUUCACUCCUGUUUUCUGAAAAGCUUGAACUGGGUGUGAUUGGUGCCACUUGAGCAUCUUGUUAUCUGCUAAAAUAUUUGACUGGGAAUCAAAGAUGGCAACAUGCACAAACAAUCACAUGAUUACUUUCCACUUGUGCAAGGUGUAUUUUUCAUCAAUUUUGAUCAUUUAUUUGAUUGGUCAUACAAAAUGUGAUGCUUUGUAAAUUGUAAUUGUUAUAUUUUGCCAGGCGACAGCUCAAUAGACUCUUCACCGUUUCCUCAGAGCUAGGGAAAAAAUGUGAAUUGCUGAUGCUUCUGUGAAUAUUUGCUGAAAAAUAAAUGCUCACAUUGAAAAAUAAGUCUUUACAACUGAAGGUGUCCUCAAAGAGAUACGGUGUCCACAAAAUAAAAACAUUGUUUUUCA